AUGUUUUGCUUGAGGAGCUACUGGUCUCCUGCAUUUGCUUCAGUAAAGGAGGGGCCUGUUCGACAUCAGAUAAAGUUUAAUUCUGUAGUGGUUUGUGGUGCCAGGGGUCCAAGACCGAGAUAUCCCCGUGUGUGGAAAACUCGUAAGAAAAUUGGGACUAUUUCCAAGUCACAGAAUCUUGUCGAAUGUAUUAAAGGUCUGUCUAAUGUAAAGGAGGAAGUUUAUGGAGCACUUGACUCAUUUGUUGCUUGGGAACUGGAGUUUCCCUUGAUCGUAGUAAAGAAGGCACUGCAGAAACUUGAGGGCGAAAAAGAAUGGAAACGAAUAAUUCAGGUCAUUAAAUGGAUGUUCAACAAAGGUCAAGGGAAGACAAUGGGAAGCUAUUACACCUUGUUGAAUGCUUUGAUCGAGGACGACCGGAUUGAGGAAGCAGAAGAGUUAUUUGGAAUGGUAUUCUCACGAUAUAUGGAGGGUUUGCCUCGUACAUUUUUCAUGAGAAUGAUUUCUUUCUAUUACAGUGCGGGAGCAUAUGAUAAGAUGUUUGAGAUUUUUGCUGAUAUGGAGGAACUAGGCGUAAGACCUGAUGGUUCUAUUAUCAGGAUGCUAGGUGAUGUAUUUCAGAAGUUAGAGAUGAUGGACAAAUAUGAAAAGUUAAAAAAGAAAUACCCACCACCAAAAUGGGAAUAUCGAUACAUCAAAGGCAAGCGCAUCAGAAUGAGAGUUUACCCCGAUAAUAAAACUGAAGAGGCGACAAAAGGAGACCCUGACACCGAUGAACUCGAAGAGGUGGAAAGUAUACACCUUAAUGAAUUGGAAGAAGCAGCAGCUCAGGCCUCGACAGGAGCGUCUUGGACGAUGUAG